AUGGCAGCCGGCGAUCCGGUGACUCAUAGGGUUUCAACGAAACGCCAGCAGUCACGAGACGACAGCGAAAGCCAGCCGAAGAAGAAGGCAAGGCCGUCGAAGCUUGAAGUGUCCCGGCACGAAAAACUCAUGGUCUCCUUGCAGCAGUGUGCUACUAAGGGUAGGAGGCCAGGAAGCCUGGCAGCCCCUGUUGCGAUUAAGAAGAGCCGAAAAGAACAGCAAGAAACCGAAGUCGCAAAGGAAAUGCAGAAGAAAGAAAACCAAGGGAAGAAGGAAAGCAAGGAGAAGAAGGAAGUCAAAGAGAAGAAGGAAAGCAAAGAGCAAGUCAAAGAGAAGAAGGAAAGCAAAGAGAAGAAGGAAAGCCAGGAGCAGGGAGGAAACAAGGAGAAGAAGGGAAGCAAAGAGCAGAAGGAAAGCAAAGAGCAAGUCAAAGAGAAGAAGGAAAGCAAAGAGCAGAAGGAAAGCAAAGAGCAGAAGGAAAGCAAGGAGAAGAAGGCGAGCAAAGAGAAGAAGGAAAGCAAGGAGCAGAAGGAAAGCAAGGAGAAGAAGGAAAGCAAAGAGCAGAAGGACAGCAAAGAGCAGAAGGAAAGCCAGGAGCAGGGAGGAAACAAGGAGAAGAAGGGAAGCAAAGAGCAGAAGGACAGCAGAGCAGAGCAGAGGGACCACAAGAAAAAGAAGGACAGCAAAAAGAGAGUGCAGGAGGAAAGCAAAGAGCAGAAGGAAAGCAAGGAGAAGAAGGCAAGCAAAGAGAAGAAGGAAGACCAGACGGCCAAAGUCACGAAGCGGAAGAAGGAAGGCACAAGCAAGCAGGACGACGAUGAAACGGCGGAAGCCUUCGAUGAGGUGGCUCUCCUGGAGGCGGAGCUUGCAGCUCAGGAGCUAGCGGAAGCCCAAGAGGACUCGGAGGUCUCAGAUGGAGACCAGUGCUCCAAGGACCCAGGUGCCGGCGCUUUGGACAGUGACGAGGAGCUGCCUCAGUCGCAAGAUUGUGUCUUGGACGAAGAGGACAUGCAGUCCGACUCGUCAAGCGACCAGUCGGAGGAGAACGUGGACGGCGACUCCUUGAGUGACGCUGAGGACACAAAGGCGUUGAGUACGGCCGUGGCGGCUGAGCCCGUUCGGAACAGUGCCACACACAAGAAGGAAUGGGCGAUUUUUGAUCGUGCCAUUAAGAACCGCCAGAAGUUCCCCGUCGCUCUGAGCAACUAUGCGAGCAAGUCCAAGACGGAUUUGUUUGCUGCAUGGCUCGAUUGCAAUGGCAAUUGGGAUGUUGUUGCUAUUCAGGGAAAGGACUUGAAGACAAAGUACCUAGCAAUGUACAAGCAAGUGAUUGCAGCAAGAAAAGCCGAAGGCCGCUGGUACAAAGACAAGGACUUCCCCGACAACGAAGAUGAAGCAUGGUAUUACAUGCCGAAGGGCCACCUGCUGCGGCCUGACAAUGCCACGAGCGAAGAACAAAAGUUGUCUGUCGAACAAGGUAUGGAUGAGGACUUGGCGAAGGUACUGGAGGAGAACAACCUGCUUCAGGCAGGCACCUUGCCUGCGGUACACGCAGCCACUGAGGCUGGCGAGAAGACGCUUCUGGCCUUCUUCGAUGAAGGUGCUGCUGUGGCAAAGCCAGCACCGAAACCCAGGAAGGACAAGGAGUCAACGGAGGAUGCCAAGGAGAUGGAACCGAAGACCGUGCGCCAGCUGGUGGCAGAAGCGAAGCCGGAGAUCCUGAAGGAUGCCUCGAAAGCUCGGGAGACCUCCCUCACCCUGAACAACCUCAACUACGGUGAAAAGCUGGCCGAGCAGCUGCUGAAUUACUCCAGGCAGAUGGAGCUGACCUACAAGAGGCUAGCUGAGCUGGAGGCAAAGGAGAGCACCGAGGAUGCCGAGUUGAACAAGUUUCUGAAGUAUGUGGCCAAGAAGAAGCCAUGGUUCCAGCAAGCCCAGGCUCACUGA